GCAGCCGGCGUGGGCGGGGCCAGCGCUCGCGUCAUGGAGCGGCCCUCUGGAGCCGGCGCCCUGGUGUCUGUCAUCCUCCCGGUGCACAAUGCCGAACUGUGGCUGGACGAGUGUUUGCAGUCCAUUUGGCAGCAGGACUUUGAAGGCCCCAUGGAACUCUCUGUGUUUGAUGAUGCCAGUCAGGACAAGUCUAUGGCUAUCAUUGAAAAAUGGAAGGUGACACUUGAAAGUUCCGGUAUCCUUGUGAUCGUUGGAGGGCACAAUGCUCCUUCCCCUCGGGGAGUUGGAUAUUCAAAAAAUCGAGCAAUAGAACAGAGCUCAGGAUCUUUUCUCUGCUUUUUGGAUUCGGACGACGUGAUGAUGCCUCAGAGGGUGAGACUGCAGUACGAAGCAGCUGUCCAGCACCCAACAAGUAUUAUUGGUUGCCAAGUGAGGAGAGACCCCCCUAACUCCACUGAGCGGUACACACGCUGGAUCAACGAGCUCACCCCACAGCAACUUCUCACCCAGGUCUUCACCUCCAAUGGCCCAACUGUAAUCAUGCCAACCUGGUUCUGCUCUCGGACGUGGUUUUCCCAAGUGGGCCCAUUUGAUGAGGGCGGGCGGGGCGUGCCUGAGGACCUGCUUCUCUUCUACAACCAUCUCAGAAAGGGUGGCGGAGUUUUCCGCGUGGACCACAGCCUCCUCCUCUACCGCUACCACCCGAGCGCAGCCACACACUCUGUCCUCGAGACCACCAUCUGGAUCCACCGCGUCCGCUUUCUGGAGGAGCAGGUCCUGCCACAGUGGAAGGCCUUCACCAUCUGGAACGCUGGCAAGCAGGGACGUCGGCUCUACCGAAGCCUCACAGCUGAGUCCCGGAAUAAGGUGGUCACUUUCUGUGAUGUGGAUGAGAACAAGAUCAGUAAGGGCUUCUACUGCUACGAGGACUCUCAGGGAGCCAGCAUGGAGGACAGCGUGGGAGCAGAGCCAUGCAUGAUCUUCUCUCAUCUCAGGAAAGACCUAAGCCCCGGGUUCCAAUCCUGCACUUCCGAGCUGCCCGGCCGCCCUUCGUGAUCUGUGUGAAGCUGGACCUCACAGGAGGCGCCUUCGAGGACAACCUCAAGUCCCUGCACCUGCAGGAGGGUUUGGACUUUGUCCACUUCAGCUGAUGCACACAGCAGCCCCCAGAUAAGAUCAGGGUGCAUCCUGCAGGCCACCGGGCGGAGCACCUGGAAGAGGCAGGUGUCCAGGACCUGGCAAACCUCCUGUGUAUACGGAACCCUUCUGGAGACCCAGGACUUGGUGAUCAGCAUGGUGAAUGCAGGUGUAUGUUACCCACACGCUCAAGGGCCACUAUCGCGAAACUGUAUCCUUGGAGCAUUGGUCUUGGGUGCAUCUGCAUCACUACAACCCUGGUGGGGCUCCUGAGAAGCACCUGAUGCACCCCAUCUCUGGCCGUUGGGAAGAGUACUGCCUGCGGGGCUGGGAGACUUGCUGGACUGUGCCCCAGCCAUGGACUAGCGGCUAUGGGAGGAGUGAUGAGGUCCUACUGGUCUGUGUGGCAGACUUGGGAGCAGAAUGGGACAGGAUUACUGUGCGGCAGGAACAAGGGUACAGGCCCCUCUAGUGGGGCCUCUUUGGCAUUCUCUGCUUGACCCUAAGCUGGAAGUGGGACACAACUGGGAAGCAUUUGGUCACAGACCACACCUGGCCGCUGGAGCUACAGGAAGGAAUUCUGUUCUAACCUGCGUUUGUGCUGUCUCAGCCCAGAGGCUCUGAUUUGAGCAUCCAUCUGAGCCACACAGUGUUGUCCUUUGGCAUCCCACUGGUGCCAGAGUCUGGAAGGAGACCACAGACAGCCCUGCCGGAGUGUGUGAGGACCCUGGCCCGGGCCUGGGGGUGGUGGCUGCAGGUCCUCAGGCAGUGCUGCACAUCUGCCCCACCCCAGUGUCUGCAGCAGAAACCCAUGGGAGCCUUUAGUCUCAGUAGACCCUUCCUAAAGUCUCCUGUCAGACUUCUUGCCUUUGUGAGUUCUCCAGGUCAUUUCAGAUUUCCUUCCUUUGGUGGAGUUUCUACUUGCCCCCUCUGCCCCAGAAAUGACCUUGGGCUUCUGCCCCUCACACCUUGCACAUGGCUCACUCCUGGGCUCAGGCGAGCGCGUCCCUGCAGUAUCGGUAGCCCAGCAUCUGCUGCUUGUGAUACCCACAUGCAGGGCCUCACCACCACUGAGGUCCAACUGCAAGCCACCAGACAGUGGAUGGACUCAGUGUCCUGCGAUUUUUUUUGGCAUCCAGGGUUAUAGUUAAAACCAGAUCCUUCUCACAGCAGCUCUGCUCUCUGGUAUUUCCUGUUCCCACAAGUGUGGCCCCAUAUGACCUGAGGCUAGACAUAGGCAAGACCCCCUUCUGGUUUUUUUUGUUUGGUUGGUUGGUUUUUGGGUCACACCCGGCGAUGCACAGGGUUACUCCUGGCUCAUGCACUCAGGAAUUACUCCUGGCGGUGCUCGGGGGACCAUAUGGGAUGCUGGGAUUCAAACCUGGGUCUGCCGCAUGCAAGGCAAACACCCUACCCGCUGUGCUAUCUCUCCAGCCCCAAGACCCCCUUUUGGAUGUGCUUCACCAAGCGUGGAAGCCAGGCUUCUCCUUCCAGGGUCAGAGAUCAGCUGCUGGCAGCUGUCGCCCCCUGAACCCCCACCAGCCUUGGGGGCAGCUGUCGUGCGGGGCCUCAGGUAGGAGCAUGUCCCUUUGCUGAACACUAAGGGUGGGGUGAGGGUGAGGGGACAUGGUGAGCCCUGGCAUGGCUGGCCUUUACCCCUC